AUGACAGAGAAAUAUAUUCUUUUGACCACUGAAUACAAUACAACCAAUGAUAACACAGCAAAUAUAUUAUCUAACAGUACGUUGCAAAUGCUGCAAAGCAAAAUGCUACAAAAAGUGCUGCCUAUCCUUUACUUGGCAAUCUUCUUCUUCAGCGUGCCAGUGAACUUCAUCUCAACAUGGAUUCUCUGUAAAACACACCCAUGGACUCCAACAGUGGUGUUUAUGAUAAACCUGGCAGUAACAGAUUUUGUAUAUGGAAUUACACUGCCUUUCCAGGUUGUCUAUCACAUAAGGGGAAAUGACUGGCCCUUUGGAAGCACAUUUUGUACUAUGGCCACCGUAUUAUUCUAUGGAAAUAUGAACUGCUCCAUACUGACUAUAGCCAGUAUUAGUGUGGAACGCUACAUUGGUAUUGUGUAUCCUUUGCGUUACAAGACAUUUGUGAGUGUGCAAAAGGUUGUUCUUAUAUGUUUGUUCAAUUGGGGAUUAGUCCUUAUGGUGGAAGUGCCUCUUAUCUAUUCAAAACUAACAUUCCAUGUAGCUGAGUUAGGCAUAGUCACCUGCUUUGAUGUUUUACCCAAAACCAUGUUUCCCAGUUUAAUCUAUUUUAUGGUUUAUUCUGGAUGCCGCUUUCUGCUUUUUUUUGUUAUACCUCUAAUGGUCAUGGGAUUUUGUUACUUGUCAAUUGCUGUAAAUAUUCUUCAUUCAGGUAACAUACAAUCCCAAGAAGCAAAAAAGCAUACCAUCUAUAUGAUAACUGUUUUGCUUUUUGUGUUUUUGUUGUGUUAUCUGCCAAAUAAUAUAAUAAUGAUUGCUCAUAUUGUUUCUGUCUCAAAGGGAAAUAGUCUGUACAUUGAAUACAAACUGACUCUUGCUUUGAACAGUCUGAACUGUUGCAUGGACCCAAUAGUAUAUUACUAUGGGUCCAAAGAGUUUAGGCAAAAGGUACAAGACCAUUUGACAUGAUGUAUGCCCACCAAUUCUUUGUAAAUAGAAUAUAAAUACCUGGACACGUGAGUAU